UUUAUUAACUUGCUAUAAAUACGAGAUACAUUAUGAGCUAUCUUCAUUAAGCCACCAUGCGUUCCGUGGUUGUAUUGGCCCUUUGUUGCGCUGCUGUCGCAGCUGCUCCGAGAACCCCAUCACGGAUCGUGGGAGGAGAUCCCACGACGAUAGAAAAGUACCCCUCGAUGGGCACCCUGGUCUUUACUCCAGACAACAUCCACUUCGAAUCAUUCUGCGGCUGCGCCAUCAUCAACAAUAGAUCCGUCCUAACUGCUGCUCAUUGCACUCUGGGUGUCUCCAUUUUUUACCUACGCAUUCGCAUCGGCACAACGUUUGUGAUAUCUGGUGGUGAAAUCCUGCCGACCUCAGCUAUUAUCAUACCUCCUUGCUACAACGACGCUACAUUGGACUGCGACAUUUCUCUCGUCCGAACCUCUGUGACUAUCGUCUACAGCUCCAGAAUACAGCCUGCUCCUAUCGCAGGACAGUUUUACAAUUUACCGGAUGGUUCACCGGUUUGGGCGACGGGUUGGGGUGACACUGAUCCCAGUGGACCGUCUGGAUCUGAGCAACUUCAGGAGGUGGAGCUUUUCACUGUCAAUCAGGAAAUCUGCAGAGAACGGUUUUUGCUCGUCGAGAGCUUCAUAACCCCCAACAUGUUGUGCGCUGGAAUUUUGGACGUCGGUGGCAAGGAUCAGUGCUACGGAGACUCAGGCAGUCCUGUCUACCAUAAUGGGGUCAUAGUUGGUGUUUGUUCGUUUGGAGAAUCAUGUGCCACACCGAAAUUCCCAGGAGUCAACGCCCGCGUUUCUCAAUUUACCCCUUGGAUCCAAGACAACGCUUAAAAUUGAUUGAGCUCAUGUGAUCCGGGUUUUUGAUGUAGAUACAAAAUUUGCAUGAAAAAUUCUGUAUUUUUGUUAAUUGUCAUUAAAAUUAUUUGACCGAUACAA